AGGACGGAUUCUCUUACCGACUGAGUAGUGAAUGAAGUAUCUUGAGUUUGCCGUUUACCUCCCCAAUCAAGUGUCUGUUUUAGAAAGAACGUCGCCAUUCGUUUGCAUUAAUUAGAAGAAUAAAAGUUUAUUAAUCGUCAGUGGAAUCAUUACGAUGUGUUAAGCAGUGAACCAAUUGCUAUUAUUUUCAUUUAAUAUUUAUUCGAGUGUAACAAAAACCUCUAUAGCUAGAUGUAAUUCUAGUAAAUGCUUCCAAAACAAACUUUGCCACCUCAAUAAUGCAAUCAAGUGCGGGCAAUACUUUUAGGAAAAUUGAAUUAGUAUUAUGUGGAUUUUGAAGCCAAAAUGAGUUUAAAAUGCUGAAAAUAAGUGAUUUAUUUGUUUUUUAAUAUCGUCCAUGUCAAAUGUCAGCUACAAUGUUGUUGACAGUUAUGUCACCUGAAGUUGUUUUCCUACAAAAGAAAGUUUAUAUUGUUUAUAUUUUAAGCUUAAGUAUUUAAUUGCUACCCAAUAUAUUGAGGUAGCAGUGUUUCUAAUUAAUUAAUUCUAUCAACUAAUUACCUUGGGUAUGUGCGCUGUGGAAGAAAAAUGAAUAAAUAAACCUUAUGUGGUAGCUAAGCAGUGUCAUCAAUUCCUAUUAUAAUAUGAACCUUCAAUUUAUAAAUGUGGUUUUUGGAUAAUAUAAUCAAUUGUGGAGAUGGAUCCAGGAGUCCCAAGUGUACCUAUCACCACACUUGCGGGUGUAGCAAGUCUUACAGACUUACUCCCCGAAAUGCCAUUACCAACCCCGUCACCACAGACACUGAGUAAUAAAUCUUUAUUGUUCCAUCCUCGAGUAGCUGAAGAAGCACAGAAUUUACUUGGGGUCAGAGAUGAAGUCUUGAUACCUCAACUAGUCCAGUCUUUAGAAAAGACCUCAGCAGAACAUAUAGAAGUAAAAGAUAAUUAUGCUGGGACUGAUUCUAAAUUGGAACAACAAGAAUCCAUGCCAGAGAUAUUGCGGGCUCUUUUGGAUUCAAAUCCAUAUAUCUUUUAUGGAAACAAACCUCGUACUGCACAGACUGUACGCCUGGUGCCACUAAACCGGAUUCCACAGACACAACCUUUACAAUCUCUACAAACGAAGCAGCAAGAAUCCCAACUUCGAUCACAGCCAGCUCAACCACGGCUACAGCCACCUCAACAGCGAUUACAACCUCUAAUACAGACACCACAGCCUCAACAAAGAUUACAGAAUCAACAGCAAACACCAACUCAUCAACAAUCCCAGAGCUCACAGCAACAAUCAUUAUAUAUCCUAACAGCGUCAAAUUCUCAACCUGCUUCUCAUGUUCAACCCCAAACAUCUUCUCAUCUUCAACCCCAACCUUCUUCUCAUCUUCAACCUCAACCAAAGUCAAAAGGAGCUUUUCCACCUCACUGGAAUAAUACGGGUGCAAGUAUGUUUACAGUUAAGUCAUCUACAGACGAAAGUGAAAUUAGACAAGCAGCGAUUAAUUCAUUUAAUCACCAUCAACCUAUUAUAUCCCCCAAUUCGCGUGAUGGUAUAAAUAACCUAUCAAAUAGCGAAAGUUCUGAUCUGACAUCACAAAAAUCUACUUCGGCCCACGAUUUGGAUGAAUCUAUAAUAUACCUAACAGGUAGCAGUACCUCUAGUGGAACACAGCAAAGAGUUGCUCCACCCCAUGAAAUGGAUAACUCUUUGAUUAGCAUAUCAGAUGAUAGUUUUAUCGAGACACAGACAAGAGCUGUUGAAAAUAUCGAAAUAAAUGACACUAUAAUUUCCAUAUCAAGUGAGAGUGAUUUUGGUGGAUCAAAAACAAAAGCAGCUCCACAAGGUCAAUCUAAAUCUAAAGAUGAUUUUUCCAUUGGGACAGGAAAUACAACAGUAAUACCUUCCAAUCUAGUACUAAACCAGAAAACUAUUAUGAAACCGUCCCUUCAUGAUCAAUCCAUAUUGGAAGCAGCACAACCUCUAUCGAAUACUCUAAUUGUGAACAACUAUAAUAACCGGUCAACACAAACUUCAACCAGUGAACUUAGGCAGUUGAGGCGAAAUCCAGCCAGAGGACAACAAGCAGAUAACACAAAAAAUACAUCAAAGACUGAUACACCACCAACAAUUCCAGUAACCAUGCUAAAGCAAAAUUCAGCUGUAAAAUAUGACUCAAAAGUGGUAUCUGAAAACUUAGAAACAGGAACCGAAAAACCAAAGGAAAAUAAAGCCAAUGAAACAAACGAAAUUAAAAUCACUGAAGUCAAAGGAAGAGAUUCAGGUGAUUUAUUGGAAUCGGAUAUGAAAGCUUUGAGUGAAGCUGUAACCUGUGAUCAUUCUAUUAAGCAACCCAUUAUAAAAUUGUAUAGGUUGAGUUCUGAAGAUCAAGCAUUAUUACUAAAGAGUAUUAAAGAGUUCAUAGAGAAGAAACCCAAGAUGGCCAAAGAUAUGGGAAUUCAUUUACUCUAUUCCACAAACAAUGAAGACAGGGAGGACUAUCAAUCAGAUGAAGAUCUUGGAAACAAACGAAAAAGAUCAAACAGAAAAUGUAUAGGAAGUGAAAGUGAUGAAGAUUAUGAACCGGAUACAUUUUCGGCUUUAGUUGGAAGUAAGCGAAGAAAAAUAGGUAAAGACGAAGUGCCAGAACCUGUAAUUGUGAAACCUAAACUCAGGAGGGUUGAAAAGAAAUUCGUUCCAGUUCUAGAAAAAUUAUCACAGGAAGAACUGAUGGAAACUAACACCUAUCAUAAAUUCAAUAAAUCUAUUGAAUAUGUCCUCAGAUCGGGAGAGGACAUUGAUGCCUCAGAUAUAGAUUUUUUAGGUGAUGAUGGUACAAUUCAAGAAGAGUAUCUUUUGAGUCGAUCUGUUAUGCAGGAAUUGUGUACAGAAGCAGCUAAAUUGAAAAUACUGGGAGCUAUGGAGAUGAUACCUACUGAUAAACUUACAAGGCUUUUGAAUAUAUUAGAAUUAAAUAUUAGAGGAGGUGAUAGAGUAUCACCGAUAUCAGAUGAAGACAAUGAAAGUAUUCGUCAGCUAUGGCUAGAAGCUGCAAUGGAAAGAGUGAUGGGCGCGGCAGACGCUUGCUUAGUCUGUAUGUAUAUAAUGACGUCACGAAACAUGUCAAAACGUGUCUACCUUGAAGAAGUUAUAGAUCGAGUGGUCCUUUACAUUAAGUACCAACUGCACAAUACCAUUUUUCCAUCGUUUGAUUCCACUUACAGAUUAGAUAAUAAAAAGAAAGACGGUCGUCGAAAGAAAAAUACUCAAGUUUCAGAAAAAGGCAUUUUAGUUUUAUAUACGAAAAUUUCAGAGCUCGUCAACUUACUAGCAGAAUUAUUAAAUAUUCAAAUUCUGACAGAUACAUCAGUGCUUCACGCUUCUUCCAUGGGUGUCUCGCCAUUUUUUGCUGAAAAUGUUAGUGAGCUACAGUUGGCUUGUCUAAAACUUGUAACAACAAUUUUCACAAAGUAUGAAACGCAUCGAAGACUGCUAUUGGAUGACAUUCUAGCUUCUAUUGCUCGACUUCCCAGUACAAAGCGUAGUUUAAGAACGUAUAGAAUAAAUAGUGAAGAACAUAUACAAAUGUUGACUGCAUUAGUUUUACAGCUUAUACAGUGCGUCGUAGCUUUACCAGAUAAUUUUUUACCAAAAGAAUCCAAAGAUAAAUCUCAAACUGUUGACAAAAACACUCCUAAGGUUGACACUGAUAUUUUCAUUUGCAACAAAUACGAAAAAGCCACAUCCACUGCAGGUACUUUUCUUACUGUAUUUUUGAACAAGUGUGGUAAUAAGCAAGAAGAUAUUGAUUACCGUCCUUUAUUUGAAAACUUUGUACAAGAUUUACUCUCAACUGUUAAUAAACCAGAAUGGCCAGCCACCGAGCUACUUCUUUGCUUAUUAGGUAAAAUGCUGGUAAAGAAUUUUUCCAAUAAAGGUACUGAUAUGUCUCUAAGGGUAGCCAGCUUAGAUUACUUGGGAGUAGUGGCUGCUAAAUUGAGAAAAGAUAGUGUUUUGUCACGAUGUAAAUUAAAUACCAUAGACCAAAUGAUAAAGGAUAUCAAACAAGAAGAACAGAAGGAUAACGAAGAGAAAUCAUCUAAAAAUAAGAAAAAGAAAAAUGUGGUGAAUACCGAUAAUGAACGCGCCCAGUUUCUCCAACGGGUGUUACUAGAUUUUCUCGCGGUAAACGCUCAAAAUGAUGAAGCUUACAAGUAUGCGAGACAUUUUUACAUAGCUCAGUGGUACAAAGAUGCUGUAACUGAAAAAUCGCAGUUGGCUAUGGGCGAUAAGAAUAAUUCUAAAGAUAAUAGUCACAGAUCAAGAAAGUACAAAGAUGAUGAAGAUGACGAGGAUUCUGAUGAAGAAAAGAUGAAAAAUAGAAAAAGUUCCGAACAAGAAAAUACGGAGAUAUUUGCCCAAAUAGAAGAAAAGAAGAAAUUUCUUCUUAGUAAAAUUAAGCCUUUUCAAGAAUCUAUAUCUGCUGGGAAUAGAGUUCAAGUUUUCCAAACGUAUAUUGAUUACAGUAGUGCAGAAUUAAUUGCACAAUUUUUGGCUUCCAAGAGAUAUUUUUCUCAAAGCUUUGAUCAGUAUUUAAAAGCGAUUUUAAUAGUCUUAAAAGAGACUUCCAUAGCAAUUAGAACCAAAGCAAUGAAAUGUCUUACAAUGAUAGUAGAAGCGGACCCAUCGGUUCUGGGUAGACACGACAUGCAAAUUGGUGUAAAUUUAUCUUUUCUUGAUCAUUCGACGUCAGUAAGAGAGGCAGCAGUCGAUUUGGUGGGAAAAUUCGUCCUUAGUAGACCAGAACUAAUUAACAAAUAUUAUGAAAUGUUAUCUGCCCGAAUAUUGGAUACUGGUGUUAGUGUAAGGAAAAGAGUCAUCAAAAUUUUGAAAGAUAUUUGUAUAGAAUGCCCUGAAUUUCCAAAAGUUCCAGAGAUUUGUGUCAAAAUGAUUAGGAGAGUAAAUGAUGAAGAAGGUAUUAGAAAACUGGUUAUGGAGGUGUUUCAGAACAUGUGGUUUACACCUACUAAAGAUACAUCCUUGUUGAGGAAAGUUAUGAAUAUUACAGAUGUAGUUGCUUCAUCUGAAGAGAUUGGAUUAGAAUGGUUUGAGCAACUUUUGCUAAGUUUGUUCAAACCAAAAGAAGAUAAAGACGAUUCAACAAAAGUAAUGACAGAACCUCCUAAAGCCCUCUUGCUAGCGUGUCGGCAAAUAGUGGACUGUUUGAUUGAAAAUGUCCUUAGCUUAGAAGAAACAUCAGAGAAUACUAGCACUUCGCAAAGACUAGCGGCAUGUUUGACAACCUUGUAUUUAUUCGCUAAAAUUAGACCCCAGUUAUUAGUAAAACACGCCAGCACAUUACAACCUUAUUUAGGAUUAAAAUGUCAAACAAAAGGGGAUAUUCAGAUUAUAAGUAGUGUUGCUAAAAUGCUUGAAUUAGUAGUACCGUUAAUGGAACAUCCUAGUGAUUCAUUCUUAGCUCAGCUGGAAGAGGAUGCUCUGAAAUUAGCAUUACAGUAUAACAGGCCAAUUGUUAGCAGUUGCUUGUCUUGUUUGGGAUCAAUCAUUAAUAAAGUUACCCGUAAUUAUAAACUAAUUAGAGACUGUUUCAAAACAUACUAUGAAUAUUUAAAGAAGUUCAAGGAAUGGAUAGAAAAAAAUUUAAAUGUGCUUGGGGAGAUGAAGGGUAGAGCUACAUUUAGGAGAUCUUUGUUUAUAGUAGGAUUGUUGCUAAAGCAUUUUGAUUUCAAAGAUCCUGAAGUAUUAGGUGAUUUGACAGUUGAUCUUAAAAACGAAGUUUACCAAAUAAUGAUAUUUUUUCUUCGUAAAGAUGACACUGAUAUACAAGUAAAUACAUUGAAAGCUAUUGGUUGUAUAUGUAUUAGGCAUUAUGAGUUCAUGUUGGAAAAUGAAUUAAAAACAUUCUACCAUCAACAGCUUACAAUGGAAGAUGCUCCACUGGAAAUGAAGGUUGAAGUUCUUACUAAUAUUGAAAGUUAUUUGAUUGAGGAAGAAAAUCGGAUGAUCCAACAAGAUUUAGAAUGGUCCAAACGAUCGAAACAAGAAAAUUUGAAAGAAAUGGGGGAUGUUUCUUCUGGUAUGGCAAGUACUGUGAUACAACUGUAUUUGAAAGAAAUAAUGGAAUCCUAUCUACAUCCCAGUUUCAAAGUCAGGCAUCCCGCUCUUCGAGUAAUACAACUUGUAUUGCAACAGGGUUUGGUACACCCGGUACAAAUUGUACCAUAUUUAAUUUGUAUGAGUACAGAUUGUGAAAAGGUUAUAUCAUAUAGUGCAGACAAACAAUUAUCAGAUAUAGAGAAAAAAUAUCCGGGGUUCAUUCAUACAAAAUCAUCAUUUGCUAUUCGGUUAUCCUACCAGUUGCAGGAAAUAUUGCAAGGUGGUUCAAUAGUUCGAGGAUCUCGAGUGAAAGAGAAAGGAGAAUAUCCCUCUGCUUUGAAUGGUUAUUUGUAUUCAAUACUUCGUAGUUCAAGACAACAAAGACGUGCCUUAAUACUUAAUAUUUUGAAACAAUUUGAUGAACAAGCUCGAACCACUUUAUCGUAUAUGUUAUACUUAGCCGAUAAUAUGGCAUACUUUCCUUAUCAAGUACAAGAUGAGCCACUUUUCAUCGUACACCACAUAGAUAUCAUGAUCUCACUUUCUGGAACUAAUUUAUUACAAAAUUUCAGGGAUUGUUUGAUGGUUGAGGGUCAGACAAAUAAAAUUCCAGACACAGAAAAUAGUGGGGCAAUAAAUGUAGUUUCAGCACUCGACGAGGAUGACGAUGAUGAGGAAAGUUUGUUAAGUCGUGUACCUGAAGAUACAAGUCAACUCCAAGCUUACAUCACAGCUGCACAAGGCUGUCUACUUCUUCUUAUGUUAAAGCAACAUAUUAAAGAUGUAUAUGGCUUGAGCGAUGGGAAAAUUCAACAGUAUUCACCAUCAGAACCAGCUAAGGUAUAUGAGAAAGCUAUAACACGGAGAUCAAAUGCUCUUUUCAAUCCUAAGGCCACGAUACAGAAAUUAAAGGAAGGCAAACUGCCUGAGUACUUAGAUGAAGAUGGAAGGCGUGAUCUCAUUCGGCAAUAUAUAGAUUUCAAGCAACUAAUGUUGCGCCUUGACCCAGAUGAUCCAGACGAUGAUGAAAAUGCUCCUAAAUUACUCACUGCAUUAGCGAAUACACAAUCAACUCACCAAACAAAUACAGGAGCGCCAUCAUCAAUACUUACAGAGGCCGAUCAAGUAGUAUUGGACAAUUAUAAGGAUUCCCCACCGAAAGUGCCCAAACUCGUGAUAUCAAAUCGAAGGUUCGAUAGUGAUACGAAACGUACUGCACGGACUCAAAAAUCCGAGAAAGUGAAAAAGCAUAGACAUAAAAAGAAGCGAAGAAAGUUCGCGAGUUCUUCCGGUGAAGAGAGCGAAAAUGACUAUAGUGAUCCUGACUUUAUGGCCUAGCUAUGCGUUCAAUUGAGCAGACUGCACUGCUCAGACUGUACAGUGACUUAUAGUUGAAUCGUCGUCGAAAAAAUUAUUAUUCUGCUAGUUGCUAAACGGAGUUAUAAACCACGAAACAAAACAGUUGUCCAGUCAUUUUUGGAAGAUUUUUGAAGUGAUCUUUGCGAUUGGUUAGUGAAGUUCUUGAUAAUUUGUUUAGUUGAAUUCAGUUAAUUAAAGCCUUAUCGUCAAAAUAAAAUGUUACAAAAAAAAAUAUCAUUCCAAGAAUUACUAGAUAAAUAUUUUUGUAAAGACUCCGCAGAUUGGAUUAUUAACGAAUUAUAAUUAGACUCCAAAAUGAUAUGGGGUACUUUUUGUAUGAGUAGUGGAAGCACUUUUAAUUGUACAUGAACUGUAACAUUAAAUUGAAAAAUAAUGGUGAUGUGUGCUAAUAUUACUUUCUCAGUUUGCUUUGUAGAAAUUUUCACAUCUGUUUAUUAUAAAUAUGAUAGAGAACUUUAUUGAAUGUGAGAAUUUCUAUAAUUAUUAUUUUUGUAUAGUUUUCUUAUACAUUUUUUUAAAAAUAAGUGAAAUCAGGGGAUCUUAUAAACAUGACCAAUUUUCAGGAGCGUUGUCAAUGCUCCAAUAUCAUUUAUUUAUUUGUGUCCACUAUACUAUAAAAUAGCAGAAAGGACAAAGUUGUAUUUUUUGAAACUAUUUCUAAUUGUACAGGGUUUAGAAAUGAAAUUAUCCAUUUAUUAUGUGGCUGAAAUUUUGUCCAAUUAUACAGAAUAUAUCUUUUAUUUUCACAAAAGCUGCUUCAAUAAAUUAGUAAUAAGAAUAUUUGGAACAUCUGUUUUUACAGGAAUAACUGUUCUUUAUUCCUGUAAAAUUUUUAUCAAGUUAUCAAAAAAUGGACCGAAAAUUUUCAGUUAGACUAGGCACUAGUCAAAGCAAUAUUAGAAUUGGCAAACUGGUAUUGUUUUAUUUGAUUACAACUCAUUUUUUCCUCUCACUAGAAUUAAACCUAUUUAUUUGAAUCUAUUAGUAUUUUUAAUGUAUUUUAUGCCAGUAUCUCAAAUUUUGGAUUUGGUAAACUUAAUCUAAGUUUAAUAAUGUUCACUGUGGAUUUUGUAGUGUAUAUUUUACAGUAUCUUAACCCCAAUACGUAUUUUAAUAUUCACAGAAACAAAAUUAUAAUGUCGAUACUCUGAAUAACUACCUAAAUCGUUCUGGGUAAAUCGAAAACCCUAAGAAACUGACAAACUUCGUAUAUCAUAUACUGUUUGUUACAAAUUUUCAUUUUCCUUUCAUUCAAGCAACUUUUAAAAUUUUUCUGUUACGUAUAUGUCCGAUAGGUAUUGAGUUUAUAAGAGAUUAUAUCAUUGAAUUUGAACAAAGUGGCACUUCCUUUGAAACUUCGUACAAAAUUGCUGAGUUUUAUAAAAGUGUGAUUAUUAUAAUUAUAUGUAUGGUUAACUUUCAAAAUGCUGGUUAAUAAGAUAUUCUUGUUAACAUUCAAAGUUUCUUCAAUUGGAUUCUUUAUAAUUUAUUAUGUAUAAUUAACAAUCCCUGGAUUUAAUUUCAUAAGCAAAAAAAUGAAACAGCAUCUUCUAAGUUAAUCAUCACAUUUAUUUUCAUAUAAAUUUAAAGAUUUAUUAAAAUGUAUGAUUACGUCGUGUUCAUACAGUUUUAUUAUGUUAUGUGUUGAAAUUUUUCUGUUUUGAUUUAGUAGGAUUCUUUUCUUCAUGACUUGCUUUUUAAAUAAUUCGAACUGUAUCUUUAUCUAGACACCAAGUUUCAUUUGUAAAGCUUAUUAUAAACAAACUAGUGUAUAUAAACCUAUUUGUAAUCUAAAUGUGUACCUACGCAUUUAUAUUUAUUUUAUUCAUUAAUGCAAAAUGAACAGGAAUAGAAAUAAAUUCUGGAUUGCAUUGAAUAUUGAUAGAAGAUAAUCUUAAUUCGGUCCUUUAAUGGAAUUAACUAUAACAAUGCAAUACAUGUGUGGUGUGAGGUUGAAAGCUUCAUUUUUAAUUUUCAUCUCUGUUCCUACAUGAAUUUUUCUAAAGAACUUCACAGCAGAAUGAAACUAAAAUAGAAAAACUUCAGUAAAUAGUUUUCUGUACAUGAGAUAAAACAUUAAUAAAAAAUUUCACUGUUUUUUUGUGAUAUAAAAGACUUAUUUUGUACAACUUUGUGAUGAAAGUCAUUUCCAAACUUUAUCUGAAUUUCAUGAAAGUUUUUAUAAACAAAUUUAUUAUUUGUUAAUUUAAAUUUUGAUUGAGACAUUAGAAAAAUAUAAUUUACUUACACAAGUUAAAUACAUUUUUAAACAAAUCUUUUGAUAUCUAACAAUGCACAGUUUAGAAACAUAUUCCUUACUUUAGCUUUAACUCAUAAAUGUGUGUUUCAAAGCUGACAUUAUUUCUCUGCAUUAAUGUCAUUUUCAUUGUUUACAUCGACUGUAAAAUUAAAUAUCAUUUUAAUGAGUUAUCACAAACUGAAAAUAUAGUUUUUAGUCUUUAGAUUACUUCUUUAUCGGCCAUAAAGUACAUAUAAUAGGGUUAUUUAUGAAAUAACACUUUAAGCAAAUGAACUCUACGAUUUUAAGAUUUUUUGUCGAUGAAAGGUCCUUCUAUUUUGUGCUGAAAUUGUAACUAUGUUAAAAGCUUCCAAAUUGUAUACUUAAAAUACCUUAUACUUUAUGAACAGCACUAGUCUUCUAUAUAAGCUUAUCUUCGGUUUUUGAUCAUAUCAGGUAAUUAAAAAAUUUAUGUAUUCAAAUAAUUUUUAGUGAGCAUUAAAACUCGGAGACUUGAAUUUUCAUUUCUCUUAUAUUGGUGCAAAUCUGUUUAGUUGUAUAAUCAAGGGUUAAUUAUGCACAUUUUUUGGUAUUUCAGAAGCAAAGAGAAUAUUUUUUAUGUCAUAAUUUAAAUGUUAAAAUGGAAAGAAAUUUGUCAAUUUUGUUCAAAGCAACUAUCAAUUCUAUAUAGUAGUUAAAAUACCAUUUUUUUAAACGAGAUAAACUUAUAAAUAUUGGAUUUAAUAGAAAUAUUCAAAUAUGUCAAAUGGAGCGCGAGUUACAGUAAUACUAGAGUUUUGUGUUAGUGAAAUUUUUUUCGGUAUUAAAUAUUACUAUCAGUUAUCACAUCAGAUCAUUCCCUUCAAAAUUCUGUUUUUGUUGAAAGUAUAUAUGUAUCAAGACAUAUUGUUAAGAAGUAAUCCUUUUUUUAUUCAGAAAAUAUCCCAAUUUUUUCCUUCUCUUCAGAAUGCAUAUGUUAAGAUUAAUAACAAGUAUAAAUGUAUACUGUUGAAUGUUGUGUCACUUUUGAACUGCUAUAUUAUGUGUAUUUUAUAUACAUAUAAUUUGAAUAUUAAUUGAUUGAUUUUAUUGAAUUUGUUUUCUCCAACCAUAAUUUAUACUAAAGUUUUAUUUAAAAUUUUGAAUAGUUUUUGAAAAGUUCGUUUUAAAACUUUAGUUAGUCAGUUUGUUGAAGUAAAAUGAUUUCAAAUCAAUUUUUUAGCAGUGUUAAUAUACAAAAACUAUUUUAUUUAUGAAAUUUUGUUAGAUUCAUUCAAAAUCAGUAUUUCUUAUAAUCCAUAAUAUGGCCUUUCUGCUAGUUUAUAGUUGAAAUUUUAAAUUAUUUAAAAAUAUAGCCUAGUGAAUUCUUCAGGUCUAUACACAUUAUGUUCUUGUCUUGGCUUGAAAAUUCAUUUAAUAAAAUAAUUUUGCAAUAUUAAAAAACGUCUACACUUCUUCACUUGUACAUCAAUGCAUUUACCCAAAAUCUGAUGUUUGAGUGCUCAAAAGUGACUAUGAGUUCUUUAUUUUACUCUAUAAGUUUUUCGAACUUUUUUCUUUAUCGAAGAGGACACCCAAAAUUAAAAAUUGUUCUUCAUAAAAUGAACAUACAAUUAUCAAAAUUUUAAAAAUCUAAACAUUCUCCCACUGUCAAUUUGUUGGAUUACCUACUACAUAGAAUAUAUAUGAUCAAAAGACAAAAAUAGUAACAAUUCUGUCAUGGAACAUGAAUUGUUUGUAAGACGUCUAUAUAAAAUUGAGCUUUGUGAAAAAUAUUCAAAUUUAUUCAUGAUUUAUAUACUA